AUGGCGUCCAAGUCCGGCGAGCUGCGCGUUACGCUGCUGGGCCUGGCCCUGCUGGGUCUACUGCUGCUGAGCCACUACGCGGCUCCCGCCGACGCCACUGAGAACGCCGGCGCAGGCGCCGGCACCGGCAUGCGCAAGAACAGCUUCAGCUUUAACAACGCCGGCGGCCGCACGCUCACCAGCUUCAGCAUGAACCACGACUCCGAGGAACACCGGGCCGGCCAUGCCGGCGGCGGCCACUGAUCGGACCCAACG